AUGAGUUACUUAAAAAGGGUAACAAACGAAAAUACAAGCAAUAAUAAUAAAAAAAAUAAUACAAAUAAUAACACAAAUAAUAAAAUAAAUAAUAAAAUAAAUAAUAAAAUAAAUAAUAAAAUAAAUAAUAAUACAAAUAAUACGUCCUAUAAUAAUGAUGUUAGAAACCUUGAUUCUACAAACAUUGAACAGAAUAAAAAUCUAAGAAGUGUAAGUAAUAAUAUGUCCUGUAGCAGGCAUACCGAUAUAUGCAACAAUUACAAAUUUUAUAAUAAUAAUAAUAAUAAUAAUAAACAAGAGCAGACAAAUAUAUUUUAUAAGAACUUAACUAAUAGUAACGAUCAAUAUAAUAAAACAGAUAGAAAUAACAACGGACGAGAUAAAAAAAACCAUUCAAGAAAUAGGAAAAAUAAUAGAAGAGAUAAAAAAAAUAACCAUGUUAGAGUAAAUGGAGAGAGCAAUAAUAAUUAUAAUUAUAAUAAUAUGAUAAAAUCGAUGUGCGAAAAUAAUUUUGGCUUACAACAAAAUAAUGUGCAUAAUAAUAUGGAUUGGUAUUUUAAAAAAGAAAAUCUUUGUAACAUGAAUAAUGUGCGAGAUCAAAAUGGAGAAUCAUUCUUAUACAACAAUAAAGGGAUUAAUAUGUUACAAGAUAAAUCUUAUAAUAAAGGAAUUUUUAAAAAUGACAAAAAAAAAAUUAUGAAUCCUGAUAAUAAUAAUAUUUAUAGGAAUCCCUAUGUAGAAGAAAAUAAUAUCAUAACACAUAAAUAUAAUUUAUCAUUAGAUCAACGUAAAAAUAAUAAGAAUAAAAAUACAACAUAUAUAAAUAAAAAUAAAGUAUUUGAAGACCAUGAAAUGAAAAAUUCUCUUCAAAAAACAAAAAUAUAUGACGAAACUAUACCAGUAGGAAAUUUUGUACAAAGGAAGAAAACUUAUAAAAAAGAUGGAGAUAAUAUAAAAAAUAUGAUGGUAUCUGGUCCUAAAUUUAUUUAUACAGAAAAGGUAUACAAAAAUGAUAAGAACCAUAAUAAUAAUAAUAAUAAUAAUAAUAAUAUGAAUAAUAAUAAUAAUAAUAAUAAUAUUAAUAAUAAUAAUAAUAUUAAUAAUAUUAAUAAUAAUAAUAAUAUUAAUAAUAAUAAUAAUUAUAAUGCUCAUAAAUGUAAUGAUAUUUAUAACAUAGGAGAUGAGCAAAAUCAUAUUAUUAAUAAUGAUGAUCCUUAUUUUUUAAAUAAGUAUAAAGGAAAAGGGAAGGACACAAAAAAGGAUUCUGUAAGGUGCACUCUUCCUUAUAAUAAUAUAUGUACUAAUGAUGAAAAAAAAGAAAUGAAUAUAACAAAGAAACAUCAGACACAUGGAUACACCCAGGACACAAAUAAAUCGUAUAAUGUGAUGGAUAACAUAUUUAUAAAUUACUUUAAAAAUAAAAACGCUAGUACUAAUAAUGUGUUUGAACUUGAAGAAAAUAACAGAGGGGACAUUUAUAAUGUACUGAAUAACAUAGAUAUUGAUAAUAAUAAUGAUAAUAAUAAUGAUAAUAAUAAUGAUAAUAAUAAUGAGGAUAAUAGCAAUGAGGAUAAUAGCAAUGAGGAUAAUAGUAAUGAGGAUAAUAGUAAUGAGGAUAAUAGUAAUGAUGAUGAUAGUAAUGAUGAUGAUAAGAAUAAUUAUUAUUAUUAUAGUAAUAAUUAUAAUAAUAGCUAUAGGAACAAUAAAAACAAUUUUAAAAGAAAUAAUUUUGAAAUUAAUAAAGAAAAAGAGAAUAAAGAAAAAAUAUAUACCUCUGUUUUUGAAGAGAAUAACAAAGUUAUUAUUGAUAUGAUAAAUAAUAAAAAUAAAGAUAAUUUCAUAAAUAUGAAUGAAAAAUCUAAUGAAAUAAAUAACAUUCAUAAUUAUACAGAUGUUUAUGUUGAUGAAGAUAUAAAUGUUCAUGUUGAUAAAAAUGACAAUAUAUUUUUCGAUCACAACUCUAAUUUUUUUGUUGAUGAUUUUAAUAAUCUACAUGUUUAUAAUAAACAUAAUGAAGAAUAUUAUAAAAAUAUAAAAAUAUAUAACAGAUUGAUGGAAAAUAAUAAAACUGGAAAAGAAAAUUAUGAUGAUAUUCAAGAAUAUGAAUAUGAAUAUGAAUAUGAAGAUUUAAGUUUAAGUAAUAAUAAUAAUAAUAUAAAUAAUAUGGAUUAUAUAUAUAAUGAUCAAAUACAAAGAGAUAAUGAUAAUAAAAUUAUUCAUGACAUAAAAAAUUACGACAUUUUUUCAAUCCUAUCUAUUACAGAUAUGAACAAUAAUAAUAAUAAUAAUUAUUACUAUAGUAGUAGAAGCAGUAGUAGUAGUAAAAAAAAUAAUUAUUAUAAUUAUCAAGAUAGAUAUAUUCCACAUCUUCAUCACGACAAUAGUCUUACAAAUAAUAAUAUAAAUAAUAUAAAUAAUAUAAAUAAUAUGAAUAAUAUAAAUAAUAUGAAUAAUAUGAAUAAUAUAAUAGAAAAUUAUAACCCUCUAUUGAUUUAUCAUAACGAAUGGAACCAUUUUUUAAAAGAUAUAAAAGAAAAGAUGAAAAAUACAGACAAUAUUAAAAAACAUGAAAACGAGAAAUAUAACAUAAAGUCUCAUAAUAAUAAUAUUUUACAAGAAAUAAUGAAUAAAAAUUUUAUAUAUGAAGAUAUUAAAACUACUAAUAAAAAGUAUUUUGAACAAUAUAUAUCUGAUAAUGUUGUCUCUAAAACACACCCUCUAGAUUAUAUCCUUAUUAAUAAUAUGAAUUAUGUACAAAAUGAAGAUACAAAUAAUAAUGCUCUUCAUGAUAUAACAGACAAAGGUACAAUACAAGAAAUAUAUGACUUAAUAAAUAAUCAUGAUGAUAAUAUAAAUAAUAAAGAAAAUAACAUAAUCCAUAAUUCUAUCAGUGAUCAUUCCAAAAUGAAUGUAGAUAAUAAUAUCCAUGUCAAAGGUAUAAAUAAAAAUGCUGGUGAUAUAAAAUGUAAUAAAACAAAUAAUAUAUUUGACAAUAAUGAUAAUUAUGAUGAUAAUUAUGAUGAUGAUAAUUAUGAUGAUGAUAAUUAUGAUGAUGAUAAUCAUAAAUGUAUAUUUCAAAAUAAGUAUAAUACAAAUCAUUUGGAUAUUUAUAAACAAUCCAAUAUUUCAUAUAUACAUAAUGAGGAACAUAGAAAAGAACAUUUAAACAAAGGAGAUAUAAAUAAUACGAAGAAUUUACAUUCAUCAAACAAAUAUAAUGUAUUACAUAAAGAAUACACAAUUUAUAUAGACAAUAUAUCUUAUUAUGAACAAGAUAAUAAAAUGGAUUAUAGAAAUAAUAAAAAAGAUUCACAGGGAAUCGAAAACAAAAAGGAUCAUACCACCAAUAUACAAUCUAAUAAUUUACUAUUAAAUGAAAAAAGUAAAAAAAUGUCUUCUAUAAUAUAUAACAAAGGUAUGGUAAAUAUAAACAAAAAUAUGAUAUUUAAUAAUAAUAAUAAUAAUAAUAAUAAGUGUUGUCCAAUAAAUAAUGGUUCAAAUGAAUAUAACAAAAAAGAUAAUAAGGACUAUCAUUGUAAUUAUUACAAAUGGUAUUUAUAUCAUAUAAAUUAUCCUGAACAUUUGGAUUUUAAAAAAGCUCACUUUUUUAUUUUUAAAGAUGAUAUAUAUAUUUAUGGACCUAGGAAUAAUCAAUAUAUUAUACCUGAUGAAUUAUAUAAAGUAUACAAUAAUAAUAUAGAAAUUAUACAUACUAAGGGAAUAAUACCACAAAUAUAUCAUAAGAUAUAUUUUCUGGUUGACAUGGAAAAUUUUAAUAAAAAAAAUUAUUAUUCUGAUGAUUUAUUUUAUGAUUAUAAUGAAAAUAUUAAUAAAUCAUAUUAUAAUUAUUCUACCAAAUCACAUUGUGAUAAUCCAAAGUUCUAUUUUAAUUUUCCUAAUUUUGUGUUAUGUAACCCUAGCUUUAUUUUUUCUAACCCUAGCUUUUAUCAUAAGGAUAAUGCCCUUUUUAGAAAAGGAGUCUUUGUUCCUUCAGUCAAUUCAGUGCAAAAUAAAUGGAAUCAUACCGAAAAAAAUAAAAGAAAUGGCUCUGAAUAUUGUAGAUUUAAAAACACACAAAGAUAUACAAUUAAUAAUAAUAAUAAUAAUAAUAAUAAUAAUAAUGAUGAUGAUAAUAAUAAUACUACACAUUUUAAUGGUAUAUCAUAUAAUAAAGGAAAUUGUGAAUAUUCAUUUAAUCAAGAUAAAGAAAAAAAAAAAAAUACACAAUGUUUUUAUAUUCUAGGAUGCAAAGAAUUUAAAGUAAUCGAUUUUUUUACCAUAUAUAGAUUAGAUAUGACUACAUUUCAAUGGGAAAAAAUUAAUAUUACAUAUAAUAGAUUAUUAAAUUUAAAAAGGGACGAUUUCUCCAUAACCUUAAGUAAUAAUUAUAUAUAUCUAUAUGGAGGAGUAGUACAAACAGGGAAAACUUGGCAAGUCACUGAUGAACUUUGGAUUUGUAAUUUAAAAAAAAGAACAUGGGAACAUAUAUCUUUCAAAGAAAAGGAAAACAAAACAAAUCAACCAUGUAUAUAUGAUAAUUAUUUUAAUAUAUUAGAGCAAAAGAAUGUAUUCAACAAAAAAGAAAAUAAAAAUAUCAUAAUGCGAGAAAAAAAGGAACAAGAUAUACUAAAAAAUGACAAUAUGAAUAAUAAUAUGAAUAAUAAUAUAAAUAAUAAUAUGAAUAAUAAUAUAAAUAAUAAUAUCAAAAAUAAUUACAAAUCAAACAAUGAUGAAUAUAUUACUCAUCAUAUUGAAAAACAUCCAGGUGCUCGAGCUUGCCAUUUGAGCUUUUUUUAUAAAGAUAAAUUAUUUAUACAUGGAGGAACCAAUUUAAAAGCUGAAAAAGAUGAUUUCUUUUUUUAUGAUACAAAAAAAGGGAUAUGGUAUGAAAUUAUAUCAGAUGAAUAUAAUCACAUGAAACCUUCAAAAAGACAUAGUCAUACUGGUAUUUUUGUAAAGAAUAAAUUAUAUAUAUAUGGAGGAUUUGAAAAAUAUGAAAAUUAUAAUAUCCUAAAGAAUGAUUUAUUUUUAUAUGAUAUUGAAAAAAAUACCUGGACUCAAAUAUUUACGAUGGAUGAUUUGUAUUAUCUAAAAACAGAAUUAAUUAAUAGAGAAAAACAUGUUCAACUAUAUUUGGAAUUACUUGUUUUAAAAAAUAUGUAUCGUAAUUAUUUAGUAAAAUUAUUGAAUUCUAGUAAUUCUCCAAAAAAAAAUAUAAACCUCGAUGAAUAUAAUAAUAUAUCAGACCAAGAGAAAACUCUGUUAAGUUCUCCAAAUGUACUAGAAUGUAUAAAAGAAAACGAUAUAAUAAGUGAAGAACUUAAACAAAAAAAAAAACAAAAUGAAAUAAAUGAAAAUGGUUUUUAUAAAUCAAAUAUUAUUCAUUUAAAUCAUUCUGAAAAUCUAUCACAAUAUUCAAAUAUAUAUAAUGAUAAGAAAAGUCCAUCUUUAAAUUGUUAUAAUAAUAACACAUUUAACAAUAAACCUAAUGAUAAUAAUUUUGUUUUACAUGAAUUUAUUAAUUCGGAAGAAAAUGUUAAAAGUGUAAAUGAAUCACUAAAUAUUCAUUUUGAUAAAAACCAAAUGAACAACAACAUAAUAAAACAGAAGCAACAACAACAUAAAUAUUUUCAUCAUAAUUUUUUUUAUUUAAAUAAUUCAGAAAAUAUUAUUAUACCAUAUAAUAAUUUUCGAAAUAAAUGCUUUUAUUUUAAGAACUCUUUAUAUUUUUAUGGGGGAUCCGGAUAUAAUCCAAAUAUAAAAGAAAGUAUUGAAAAACAACAAGAUUAUAUUUUUUAUGAUAAUGUUACACAAAUUAAUACAGAAGUAACAUAUAUGGAUUUUAUUUUAUCUUAUUUAAUUUUUAAUGAUACUUUCUUUUUCAAAUAUAUUCAAAAGGUACAAAUAGAAAUGUUGCCAUUCAUACAGGACCUUGAAAAGAAUUUUGAUAAUCGUAUGAAUGAACAAGAAAAACAUCUUAAAGAAGAAAAGAUCAUAAAUAAAAUAUGUGUAAAUAUUCAAAGGAUUCAAGAUAAAUUAAAUAACAUAUAUAUGAAUAAAAUACAAAGCGAUACAAAAAAGAACAAUAUGAAUGAUCAUCAUGAUGUGGAUAAUAUAAUCAACCAACUAUAUAAUAGUAAUAAUAUUGAUUGUCAUAAUAAUGCCAAUAUGGAAAAUAAACACAUGAACAUGUCAGAAAAAGAUAUAUUAGAAAAGGUAUUUUUUUAUACUCAAAGUAAAAAAAGUUAUGAACUGUUAAGGUUUUUAUUUGAUUUAUAUAAAAAUAUAUAUAUAAAAUACCUGAACGGUCAGGACAAAGAAAUGGUUUCCAUAGAAUUGCUUAAAAAUAUGGAAAUACAAGAAAAUAAUGUUCAAUCGAAUGAUACGCCUGAUAAUAAUUAUAGUCAUAAGAAUAUAAAAGAUGAGUCAAAUGGGAAAUCUCCGAAUAAUUUUAAUAACAAUUUUUAUGACAACAAAAAUUACACCAUAUUACCAAAUAUGGAAGAGAAAAUAUUUAGAGGUGAACAUUUAGUUGAAGAAUGUUGUAUAGAGGAGAAAGAAAAAAAGGAAAAAGGUUAUUCUUGUGAAAUAUUACUUGAUGGAAAUAAUAUAAAUCAAGAUAAUACAAAUGGGAAUAAUAUAAAUCAAAAAAAUUAUGAACAAGUACAAAAAAUGAGCACUAUAGAUAUCGAAGGUAACCCCUUAAAAUAUUACAAUAGUAAUAUUUAUGAUAAUGAAGAAACAAGAAAUAUUUUAGUGGAACUAGUAAAAUCAUAUAAUGAAGAAAAAGAUGAAUAUAUGAGAAAUGAUAAAAAUAUCCCCAAUCAUAAUUUUAUGAAUAAUUAUAUUAAUCAUAAUCAGAAUGAUAAUAUUGAAUUUGAUAAAAAAAGAGAAGAAGAUACAGAUAAAAAUAUAUUAGACACUAAUAUUUCUAUUAUAGUUAAUAAGCUUAAAAAUGAUUAUAUUAAUAUUAAAGAUUAUAUUAAUGGUGAUGAUCAUAUUAAUGGUGAUGAUCAUAUUAAUGGUGAUGAUCAUAUUAAUGGUGAUGAUCAUAUUAAUGGUAAUAAUCAUAUGAAUGGUAAUGAUCAUAUUAAUGGUAAUAAUCAUAUUAAUGGUAAUAAUCAUAUUAAUGGUAAUAAUCAUAUUAAUGGUAAUGAUCAUAUGAAUGGUAAUGAUCAUAUUAAUGGUAAUAAUCAUAUUAAUGGUAAUAAUCAUAUUAAUGGUAAUAAUCAUAUUAAUGGUAAUAAUCAUAUUAAUGGUAAUAAUCAUAUUAAUGGUAAUAAUCAUAUUAAUGGUAAUAAUCAUAUUAAUGGUAAUGAUCAUAUUAAUGGUAAUAAUCAUAUUAAUGGUAAUGAUCAUAUUAAUGGUAAUAAUCAUAUUAAUGGUAAUAAUCAUAUUAAUGAUAGCCAUGAUAUUUACAAUUCUGAUUAUUUGAAAAAAACGUCGGGUACCUAUGUAGUUGAGGAAAUGGAAAAUUCUGAACGAAAUAUAACUAACCAUUUAGAUAUAGAAAAUUAUAAAUAUAAUAGUAAUUAUUCCGUAAAAGACAAUGAGGAUAAUUUUACAAAUAAAAAUAAUCUUACAUCUUCUUAUGAUAGUACCAAUAUAGGUAAUCAAAGAAUUCCCAUGGGUAGGAAAUUACAAAUAAAAAAUAUAUUUUUGAAGAAAAGAAAGGAUUAUGAUAAUAUAUAUGAUAAUAUAUAUGAUAAUAAGGUUUAUGAUGAUAUACAUAAGGAUAAUAAUAAAGAUGAUCGUAAUAAAUAUAAUGACAAGCAUAAUAAUAAAAUGUAUGAUAACAUAUAUGAUAACAUGUAUGAUAACUCUCCUUUGAAUUAUCCAACACAUGUUGAACAUACACAAAUUCAUAAUCAUUUAGAAAAAUAUAAUAAAUUGAUUAAUGAAACAUAUUUAACCGAUAUGAAUAUCAGAAAAUAUAAUAUAUAUAAAAUGAUAUAUAGCUAUUCUAAGAAUGUAGAAAAUCAAAAUAAAAUAAUUUUUGAAAAACUUGAAGAGUUGCAAAAUAUAACUAACAAUUUUACAGAAUUAAAUAAAAAAAAUAUAUAUUUUACAUAUCAAAAUAAUUACGAAUUACAAUUAGAUAAAAAUGACGAUCUAUCAUAUUAUGCUUUUAAUCCAAUAAACUUUGAGAAUUUAAAAACAAAUUAUAUAUCUCUAAAACAAAAAUUAAAUUAUUUUAAUGAUAUCAUAAAUAUAUACUCAAAAAAAAUACAUGAACAAAAUGUAUAUAUAAAAAUUGUACAAGAAAAAUAUGAGUAUUUAAUGAAUUAUUUGAUCAAAUUAAAAUCAAGUAUACACAAUGAUGGUAUCAGUGACGAUAUUUUCAAAUUUUUUUGUGACGAUGAUUUUUUUAAUCAUGAAAAAUAA